CGGGUGCGCGUGGGCAGGGAGAUUCCGCGGUGCGGGCGGGGCGAGAAUCAGUUGCGCGGCGAGCGCUAUAUUGUAAGAACGUUAGGUGGUACCGCGCCAGCUCGUCGCGUGCUAGUGUUGUGUCACAGCGGUGGGCCAGGUCGGUUUCGAGAUUUCUUCGUUCCGACGUAAAUAAUGGCUCUCAACUCGGACGGUGAACAGAAAUCGAACCUGGUCCUCCGCGUGGACCAGGAUUCAGACUCUGUAUUACAAUCGUUGUUCGACACAGUGCUCAAGCCGGACUCAAAGCGACCGCUACAGGUGCCUCUUCGUAUGCGACAGCUUCCCAAGUCAUUCUUUAACCCGCCGUCGACCGGUUCCAAGUCGCCAUCAGUGUCUCACUCGCGAGAAAACUCGGCUGAUUCGGCAUUCGGAUCAUCGUCUGCAACUGGCACCUCUACAGUUUCCCAUUCACGGGCACAUUCGUCACCAGCAAGCUUGCAACAAACUUACACCGCAGGCCAACAGAGUCAACAACCACCGUUGCAUCAUCAACACACGAAACAAAGAUCUUAUGAUGUUGGUACACAUAUUCCAGACGAUCUUGGACCCUUACCAGCAGGCUGGGAGCAAGCUCGUACUCCAGAAGGACAAAUAUAUUAUUUGAAUCACAUAACAAAAACGACGACAUGGGAUGAUCCGCGGAAAACUCUCGCAGCGCAGAACGUGGCCAACACUGUCCAGCAUCAAGCCGCCGAAGCCCUGCUCAAUCAGAACGCACAACAAACCAUUACCAACACAGCCACACCUGCAGCGAAGAGUACAAGUAAUACGACAACAGAUCCUUUAGGGCCACUGCCGGAAGGCUGGGAGCAGGCCACGACAGCGGAAGGCGAAAUCUACUUCAUUAAUCACGCAGCUCGUACCACGUCCUGGUUCGAUCCUAGAAUACCGCAACAUUUGCAACGUACGCCAGUGGGUGCAACCGGCGUGGCGGGGGGAGGCUGGGCCAACGCGUCCAUUCAAGCUUGUCAACAGAAACUUCGACUCCAGUCGUUGCAGCUCGAAAGGGACCGCCUCAAGCAGCGCCAACAGGAGAUCAGACUCCAACAAGAACUAAUGGCCCGGCAGGCGUCUUCUAUCGUAUCGUCUUUGGCGAGCAGUACAGGUGCGGUGGCGAGUACUGAAUUGCCCUUGGACCCUUUUCUGCCUGGGCUGACGGAUCAUCAGCGCCAAGAAUCAGCCGAUAGUGGGCUCGGCAUGGCAGUCCCACAGUCCUAUUCCAUGCCGCACACGCCUGAGGACUUCCUCUCCGGCAUGGACGAUCGCAUGGACUGCACCAGCGAGGCCGGAGCCAACAUGGACUCCACGGACAUCACGCUCGGCGACAACAUAGGCUCCACUGAUGACUUGGUACCGUCUUUACAGCUGAACGAGUUCACUAACGAUAUACUCCUGGAUGACGUGCAAUCGCUCAUAAAUUCAACACCGAGCAAACCUGACAACGUACUCACGUGGCUGUAAAGCGUAGGCGUAUCAUGUCAAGUAUUUUCUACAUAUUUUUAUUUUUAUUAAGUUGCGUAAAUGAAACUUCAAAAUAAUCAGGACUUCAAAAUGAAACUUCAAUCAGGACUGCUCUUAAUUUACGGAUAAAAAUUUAUCCCACGCGAAAGAAAUGACUGAAACGAAAAACAAUGAUUUUCAGAUUCCCGCCAAAUUUAAUUGUUUGAUUUGACAUUUUUUUAAUUAAUGAACUGUGAUUCGUGAUAUAUUUAAAAGUCCGAUGAUAGGUUGAAACUUUUUGAUUUACAACUAAAAUACACCGAACGAAAAUAAAACAUGUUAAAUUGAGUGCGUAAAUUAAGGCAAUCCUAAAAUUGUAUCAUAAAUCCGAUACAUGUGAAGACGUGAUUCGAUCUGAGAGAGAUCCGAAUUGCUAAUUUCGUCAUUUUACUAGUUUAGUUCAUAAUGUCUAGAAGUUUCCUUUACCAGAUUUAGGUAUCAGUGCUAUUAUAGUUAUUUUUAAUUAGUGUACUUACCGCUGUUGAAAAAGUCCGCCAUUACAUUGUCGUUGAUGAGGUAAUAUGGAUGUGAAUUACACUGAAAAUGACAAUAACUGGUGUGUGCGCGGAAUAUUGUGAACAUAUUUGGUUCAUUAUAAUAAUAAUGUUUGACGGCAGUUUCUAACAACACUUCAUCGAAGUCUUUCGCAGCGGCCAAUGUAGGCAACUAUAGUUGACCUACUUUUAACAAACUUUAAAUAAUAUUUAUAGUUUUCUGGUAAUCUAAGAGCACUGUACUCAGGAUCACGCGUUGCCUACGUCGGUUUCUGAAAAACUCCACGACGUCUUCAGAUUCAAAAGGGACAGCAACCUAAAUUCACAAUCUCAGAUCGGCAAUACAUAAAGCUGUAUUUCUCUUCAUGGCCAGUAAUUAGGUAUAAUUUACUCUAUCGUAAAAUUGCUUCCUUUUGUACUGAUAAUGACGUAACGGUUUGCUUUCUAACAUUGACUAUACGAAAUGAAUUUCAUCUCUGCAUUUAUUAAAAUGAGAUUGAAAUUACAGACGUCUAAAAGAACUGAACCGUUGAAUAUUCGAAUGUCUGAUUUGUACCAACAAAAAGUGCUGCUUCUAAGAAUUUGUUGUCACAGUAUCAACUUCUGUUUUAAAAGAAUUGAUACAGACGAUUAGUGGCAUAGCAUUCUCUUUACAUUAUUAUUUUUUAUCUUUAACCAAACAUAAAAUUUUCUCGAAAAUAAUUCACCAUGACUAUUAAAUGACGGUUAGCUGGUUGAAUAGAGGUCGAUACUAGGUUUGGUCCCGACCAGAAGCUCUUUUUCGCAAGCCUGUUUUCCGAACGGAAAAUAACCGCCGUGCGACAGAAUCAUUCGUUAAUCAGUUUCCCAUAUUCUUUUGAUCGAGAUUAUCGGUAAACGAACUCGUGCCUGCCCUUAUAAGCGAAGUAUUCGUUGUAGUGUAUUAUCUAAAAUUAAGAUUGUGAUAACAUCUUGACGUAACAGUGCCUUAACGUGCCUUAAAUAAAUAUAUUUAUUAUGUAAUUUAGGUGAUAUUGAUAUUUCUACACUAUUUCUACAUUUUUACAUUUUCAUUAUUAUAUUCGAUUAAUAUGGUUGACAGCAAACGAGCUACGCCAUCGUGUAGAUUUGCGUUUUGUCGACUCACACCGUCCUUGUGUAUUUUUCGAGAUUAUAAUUAGUUGUUAAGUUUGAUACAUAGUUAAUUCUUUAAUUAAGUCAUCAUGUUGGCAACUAUUACAUUUAGUCUAUUUUAAAUGAAGCGUUAAGUACGCGUCGCGCAUGUCAUUAUCGCGACACAGUUAUACAAAUAUGUAUGAGAUACUCUGUGUGUUGUAUUCGAGUAUGCCACUUUUGCCUUAUUCAUUAUAUGCAUAUACUUAUAAUAAUUAUAUUGUAAUGACAAGUAGUAUAUAUGUCUAUAUGCUAGCUAUGAAUGAAAUUAUCUCAAUGUCAACUUUGAUUUUAUAUUCUUCUUACCUAUCUAAAAAUCGAUGAAAUUUAUUUGCUAUUAUACUAUUUUUAAAUCAAAUUAUCUUCUCAAAAUUGUGUUUUAGCCCACCUAGUCUUUAGAUUUCUUUCGCAUGAGUGUUAUGAAUUCAAAUAGCUCGAUUGGUUUGUAUUUUAGGCCUUUUUAAUAAUGAAAUACUACAUUGAAAACUUUGCCAUAUUAGUAAAUGUACUACUAUUCUAAUAAGACUUAAUGUAACUUUCAUUUAUGUUAACUAGCAUUAACUUCGUCUGUGUAACUAUUGUAAUUAGACGUAACGGUGCUGGGUUCAUGAUACAUAUAAUUUUGUAUUUUGUAGAUCCAUUCGUUGUAUACCUAUUUAGUAUUUGUCUCGUGUUAAUAAUGCUAUGAGUUAAUUAGCGACGCUUCUCGUAUUGUUCGGUUCAUUAUUCUGUUUUAUAUUGCUUUCAUUUAGUUCGGUCGCUUCCCGGUAGGGGGCGUCCGCUUCGCCAUCGCCACAUCCUCGACCUUGGUCUCAACCAACCGACACAACACUAACGUGUAUUACCAAAUGAUAAUAAAAACAUUACCUAGGGUUAAAGUAUAUUUUCUAAAAACGUCAUUCUAUCGUUCUAAAUUGACUAUAAUUAGCACUAAAAUCUGACUCUUUUCACUGUUAAAAUUCAUACCGCGUUUCUUCAAUCAAUUUCGAAGUCACUUCAUCUAACAAUAGCAGUAGUUACAUUUUUCUAACUGUAAAAGUGAAGUUUCUAUAACUGUCAUUAUUUAUUUAAAUCGCUUUAACUGUCACUAUCAUAGAUAUACCAAUUUUACAAUAGAUUAAAAAUGAUAAACAUCGGUUUUUUUUCGACAAAAUUCGACAUUGUCACCAAUUUACUAUGUUAAAUGUGUUAUAAUAAAUUUGUGACAAUACGUCUCAGUAGUGCAUAUUAUAAAUAGGAGGGACAAUGUAAGGUAACGUAAUGACAAUAUGUCAUCAAUUUCUGUCGCGAAUCGAUUUGAAGGUUUAUUUAAUGCAAGUGAAAUUUCGAUUUUGUCCUAAACCAACAAUAACUAUGUCUUACUCACGUAAAUUGGUGUUAAACUAUUUUAGUUGGCGUGUCGGUUGGAGCCUCAUCCUUGUAUCGACUAGUGUUCCUGUUCUAAUUAUUGUUUUAAUGUCACAUCGAGAAACAUUCCAUGAUGCUAACAGUUCGCUCGGCGCCGGUCCUCUUACGACGAGGCUGGCACUGCUUGCUAAAGAAUAAUUUUCGGAACAAUAUCUAGAAUUUAAAACUAUAUUCGUUUAAUUCUAUAAGUAAGUAAACUUUAUAUUUUACACACAUAUCUCUCCAGUUUGAUAGCAGAUGCAAGUUUUCUCUGUAGUGUAUGUACGUGUAUCAAUGUUAUAACAAUGAAAUUAAAAGUGUCGAUUCAUUCAUUUACUAUAAUUUCAUUGUAAAUAAUUUUCGAUAUUCUUAUAUGGAGUAAAUAUUUGUUUAAUACCGAA